CGGGCUGAUGCCGCCUGAACUCUUUCUUUGGCUCGUGCCCCCCGAGGGGGCCUGGAACGUCUCCAGGGAACUCCAUGACGUGCCCCGGGCGGGCAGCGACGUCACGGGCGGAACGCGGGGGGUUCCGGGGCUUCCCCUGGCCGGGGCGCCCCCCCGCCCGUGCCCGUGCCCGUGCCCGUCCCGCGCCGAGUCGGGAGGUGGGCGAGCGUUGGCGGCGGCGGCGGCGGAGCGGCCUGGCCCGGGGCCCCGUGCGGCUCGGGGAGCGGCGCUGCCCGGCGGCGGCGGCGGCGGGAGGCCCCGGGGCUGGGCCGCGUCCCCGAAAGUUUCCUGGCCGCCCGCCGGCCGGUGAUGCGCGGCUGAUGGAUUGCAUUGUGGGUGUCAAUACAAGUGACGGCCAUAUUUGCCGGUGCUGCGACUGCUGUAAACAACCCAAAGUGGCUGGCAGCGCCGGGGCGGCGGGAUCGCGGCCCGGCCGGCUGGGCAUGGCUCUCGGCAUGUCCUACAAGCCCAGCGGCAGCUCGCACCUCCCCGGCGCGGGCCUCGGCUCCGCUGGAAGCGUUCACUCUCCCUCCACAAGUAUGGCCACAUCUGCACAAUACAGACAACUUAUAAAUGACUACGGACCACCAUCCCUAGGCUACACACAAGGGAUGCAGGGUACCAGCAGCAGUCAAGUACCACAAAGCAAAUAUGCAGAACUCCUAGCUAUCAUAGAAGAAUUAGGAAAAGAAAUUAGACCCACGUAUGCGGGAAGUAAAAGUGCCAUGGAGAGGCUAAAACGAGGCAUCAUUCAUGCUAGAGGAUUAGUUCGAGAAUGCUUGGCUGAGACUGAACGGAAUGCAAGAUCCUAGCCUACUAAUUCAGUUAAAAGAUUUUCCACCUCUUUAUGAAGGAAGAGUACUAGUUAUUCCCUUGGUGACUUUCAAAACAUUCAGAUAAAUCCUUUAAUUUUGAAUGUUUUACGUUCCUUUUUUUGCCCUUAAAAAUGUACAGUUAAGAAUGAGAAAAACAAGGAUUUUUUUCAACUGACAAGGGUUUGCAUUUUUUUAAGACGUUAAACUCCCCAAAUUAUUUCUAAAGAUUGUUGAGGCUGAACUGCAUGCAAAGGAAUGCUUUCUAUCCCUCAGGCUAUACUUCACUUCCUUUCCUAUUCAGCCGCAGUCUCAUUCUUUUUCUUUGCCUAUUCACGUAACCCCAAAUUGUCAAACUUCCAUCCUUUGACAUAAGCUCCAAGCAUUUUUUUAAAUAAAUGCAGAGAUAGCACGUUUUACCUAGUAGUCUGCUAUAUCACACAGUGUCAUACAGCAUAGAUUCCCGCUUAGAAAUAACCCUUUUUUUGCAUAAGCAUUUGCAUGAUUGUUAGUACUUUGGAGUCCAUUUAAAGUGCAUGAGCUAUACAGGAGGUAGGGCAACCUAUUAAACAAUAACAAGGUCCCAGAAAACUAAUUUUCACACUAAGGCUGAAGAUUUCAGUUGUAAGUUUGCCAAAAAAAAAAGAAAAGAAGAAAAAAAAAACAUUCUGGAUAAAUGACUAAAACUGUUAUUUGCAUCUUUGUAUGUAUUUAUUACUUGAUGUAAUAAAACUUAUUUUCAUUAACAA